AUGGAGGAAUUACCUGCCGACGAUGAUUUGUUGUCGUGCAUGCUCGUGGACUCGCUGGAGUUUGAUCCAGGUAUUGUGACCCACAAGAUGAACCCAGCGUUCCGGCCCAUGCGGUUCGAUCGAGAGGCCAUGGCGCAGCUGAUACGUCAGCAUGUCAUCUGGGAGCGUGAUCUGUCCAAGGCCUGGGCGGCUUUUUGUUCGUUUCCCGUGGUCCACAAGCAUAUAUCUGGCAAGACACCGGCUCAGCGCCAAGUUUUUGAAUCCCAUGCCCUGCGCUACAUGCGGACCUACCUGCCGGAGGCAGGAUUUGAGUACGCUGUGACUCACCGCUACCGCACGGCCCGGCUGCGCCACCUGCGCGCGCGGGACUCUGCCUCUGAUACAUCGCAGUCCCCUGCCCAUUUGGCGCCCGGACGCACCGACUUGUGCGUACUUGCCUUGCGUGAGUUCCAGCCCAAUGACCUGAUUACCAACUGUACCGCUGCCCUGAAGGACCUGUCGGCGGCCGAAGACGAAGCUCUGCGCGAAGAAGCAGCGACUGCGCGAGCGGCGGACGUGCGGGACGGUCGUGUGCGACCUCAGCGCGACUUUUCCAUUAUCCGCUCGUCGAGCCGCAAAUGUAGCCAACUCUUGCUGGGCCCGGCGCGCUUUAUCAACCACGACUGCCAUCCGAACGCCGAGUUUCGGCGCUCAGGACACCAGCUGAGUAUCCGGUGCAUCCGGCCCAUUAAGCGCAACGAGGAGAUCACUACCUACUAUGGCGACAACUACUUUGAGUGGGGCAACAAGGAGUGCAUGUGCGCCACAUGUGAGCGGCACCGCCGUGGUUUUUUCGCACAUGCGACAGAGCCGAUGGAGCCGGAGCCUGACGCGACUCCUGACCCGGAAACCCUAAGCGACGAUUCGUCACGGAUGCUGCGCUCGCAUACGGCGCAUGCUGUGCGCGAGCAGGCCUCGAUACCCUUUCCGACAGACCUGAUCGCGUACCAGCUUGCCCCUGAAGCGACCGGACCGGCGUGUGAAUGUCUGACGUGCCAUGCGCCGUUCCGCGCCCCUGAAAAAUGGUGGGUCCCCGAUGAGUGUGGACGUUGUGAGCGCCACUACAAGCUAUACAAAUGCGAUUGGCCAGAGCGGCGCCCGAAAGAGAACCCCGCGGAGCAGACGACCAUCGCGCGUACCCUGAAGCGGCGCGUGCCUGCCCCGACGGCGCCGCCCAAGCGACCCCGCAAGUUGGCCGAGCCGAAGGAGGGCGAAUCAGCAGCGCCUUCGUCGCCUGUCAAGCUUAGCCCUGUGCGUGAGGUGCCUGAGGCAUCGCGUGAGCCAUCGCCUGUGCCUGUGCCGACUCGUCAUGCACCGAGGCGCCGGCGCUUGGAGGUGCAAAGCGACGAUAGUGACGAUGCGUGCGACAGAAGCUCCUUGGGCCCCAAAAUUUUGGGCCAUGGAGCGAGCACAGAUGUGCUCGCGUCGUAUUGGGGUGCGCCUGAAGGUGAGCGGCGCACGCGGCGCCCCACGAACCAUGGCAUCACAGUGCUAAGUGAGCGAGCGCCACCUGGUCGCGGUAAUGAGACGCAGGGGCGCAAGUCGUCGAGGGAGGUGCGCCGUCCGACGCAGGACGAGCCGGCCAAGCGCACGCCAAGUCGCUCUGCGUCGCACUCAGCGCUACCGCCCGAGGAACCGGCGCGCCGAGUGCAAGCGCCUCGCUCAGUAUCGCAUUCGGGCGCGUCUUCCACUACCAUGCCUCGUCGUGCCGAUGCACCCAAAAUUGCUACGACGGGCCCCGAGCGCACGUCCGUGUCGAACCUGGCGCUCUUUUGGUCGGGCGGUGUCGAAGGGCGCACGCGACAGCAGGCACGACAGGCCCGCGUUGCAGCGCCUGAGCCUCCUAGCCGCGGCGCUGCACGGCGCUCAGUGCGGCAUGGGCCGAAUGGCCGUGCGUCGAGUGCUGCACCACCCACGAAGCUUACUGUGUCGACGCCCCCGCCCGCGGCGGAGGAGCGCGAGCCUGUACAUGCGCCGGAGACGCCAGUGAAGACUGAGACGGACGCGGAGAACAAGGAUGUGGCACCUGUUCUGUCCGUGGCACUCUCUGCGAUCAAGCAGGAGCCUGUGUCGAUGCGGUCUCUAUCGCCCGAGACACGGAAGUCGGAACCUGUGUCGCCUCGGCCCAUGCCGCCGCCGCCCACAGCGCUGCCCCCUGGCGUGCCGCCUCGCCAGCCCUUGCGCCGCAAUCUGCGGUGGGGCAGUGGCAAAACGAGCAUGAGCCGGCCGGCCAGUGCGCCCGUGCAGCCUGUGCGCACGACUUGGACCCCGCUGCGGCCGGCGGAACACGCAUCGCCCGCAGCCGGCACGACAGGACAAGCCGUGCGCCCCGCCACACCUCGAACCGAUACGCCAUAG